UUCACUUAGACGCGCUGCUUGUGUUUUCUUUCCCACUUAAGAAUAUUAAAAAAUAUAUAAAAACUAGGAAAAAAUAGCAAUCGUUGUCAGUAUAACGCCGUUUACAAUUUUCUACUAAUUGAUACUGUGUACAGCUAAAACUGUUGAAAUUAUGACAAGAUGUUAAAUAAAUUUUAACCGCGCUGUGGUUUUUUCGAUGAGUGGUGGCGGUUUUUAUGUUUUUUUAAGUUUAUAUUUAAAAAAAAAACAUUACGCAUAAAAAAAGAAUCUUACGGCAACAAAUCAAAACAUAUACAAAGUGACUAAAAGAGUUUUUUACGCCCACAAGGCGCAGUGAAAAAAAGAAAUCCAGGCCCAGCAUCCUUCAGCCUGCAUCUUCUUCUUCUUUUGCAUUCCUUUUCGCCGCGUGUGUAUUGGUGUGUCCAUGUGUGCAUGAAAAUUGUGUUAAAUAAAUUUAUUCCAGCUGCCAACAACAAAUUGUUGCCAAAAAUAUAUAAAAAUUCACAACAGUGUGCGCGUGUGUGUUAAAUUAGCACUCCCAAUUUGCUGUCUCUCUCGCUCCAACUGUGUUUUUAAACUGUUACCUGAAAUGGGUGCGUGUGCGUGUGUUUCUUUUGCAAAUUAAUUUACUAAAAAACAACCAAUACAAUUUUUUUCUGGAAGGAUAAAUGGAAGGCAAAUGAAGAGGCAACGCAGAAAACCAAAAACAGCCACUUGGAUCCGGAGUUAAAUGGCCAAAGCACGCAGAAAACGCUUCCGUCUGAGGUGUCCGGAAAUAGAGUUAGAUACAAUUAGAAGCCGCUAGGAUGGACAAGCGAUCGUUGUGCCUGCUGCUCAUCUGCAUCAAUGUGUGCCUGGUCAUCUGGCUGGUCAGUGUGCAGCAGUCGCCGAUGCUGGAGGCGGAGAUCAUGGCCGACUUCAGCGGGAGUAGCAGCGGCAGCAGCAGCAGCAGCACCUCACAGCCGCCGACGAGGGGGAGCCGGGGUGGCAGGGGUAGCAGGAGCAAACCAAACCAAAUAACACACCAGCCUAGUCGCUCACCUAGUAAUAACGAUAGUAGCCUAGUUAGCAAUCACCACCUGGCCACGCCCCCGCCGCCGUCGGCCUCCCAAACACCCGCCCCCCCUGGCAGCAGUAUGCACCUGAUGGAUCUGCCCAAUUUCGUCUAUCUGAUGGACCAGCCCGCCUGUGAUAAGGAUGUUCAGGUGCUGGUAUUGGUCCACUCGGCAGUGAGGAACAUUGACAAGCGGCGGAUCAUCCGGCAAACGUGGGCGGAUCGCAGCUACAUCGACCACACCCCCCUCAGAGUCAUCUUCCUGGUGGGCGGAGUGGGCGAGAACGCCGAGAAAUGGCAGCAGUUUCUGGGACGCGAGAACCACCUGCACGGCGAUCUCAUCCAGGGGAACUUCGACGAUGCCUAUCGCAACAUGACCUACAAGCAUGUGAUGGCCCUCAAGUGGUUCAACGAGAAGUGUGCGCAUGCCCAGCUGCUGGUCAAAGUGGACGACGAUGUCUUCAUGAACACGCCCCAGCUGGUCAAGUACUUGGCCACUCCUUCGUUGCCGGAGCACUCGAUGCUCCUCGAUCCGGAUCUUCUCCUCUGCCGGUCUGUGAAUCGGUCGAGGGUCAAGCGGACAUUUCGGUCCAAGUGGCGGGUGACCUACAAGGAGUACCCGAACCGCUUCUACCCGGAGUACUGUCCCGGAAUGGCCAUCGUCUAUGCACCAGACGUAGUGCGUCGGCUGUUCGAGGCGGCGCAAAAGGCGAAAUACUUCUGGGUAGACGACGUCCUCAUCACGGGCAUCCUGGCCGAGGAGACGGGCACCAAGAUCACCAAGCUGAAGUACUACCUCGAACAGAAGGACGUCCGCAAGUUGCUCGGCGGUGGGGCCGAUCUUGAAGAGCCCCCGUUCCUCUUCACCAAUCACGCCAUUCUGCCGGACGAAAGCAUGGCCAUUUGGCAGAUGGCGCUGGACAGGAUCCAGAGGCCACUACUCACCCAUCCCGCCUCCUCAUCCGCAUCCGCAUCCUCUGCAACCUCCGCUUCCAAGUCAGCACCAGAAGUGCCAAGUGCGAACAUUUCCGAGGCGCAGACGAGCACCGGCCUCAGCUAGUUUGACUGGCAAACACACUCGAUGGAUUACGUUUAGUUUCUUUGGCUGUUCAGUUUUAGGGUUUCGUUAAGCUUAAGUUUUAAGUUCGUAGUUAUCCCUAAUGUUAACUGAUUAAUGAUAGGUAGCAUUUUUUGUCGGGACGAACACAACGGAACAUUGCAAGUCAAGUGAACCACCAACCACCUGCCUACAAUCAUUCGUAUCAUAUGAACCGUAACUAUUCUAAGGAUUAUACUGAUAGUCAUGUACAUCCAAUGCGAGUCGCUCACCAACAGAAACAUUAACCAUGAACACCAAUCUCCAAACCAGCAGCAACGAUAAAAUGAGCGCAAUACAUUAGGCACAACUCUUAGCUCUUAAGAAAACUACAAUAGUACUUAAUAAACUAAACAAAUAAAAUGAAAGGAGAAAGCUAUAAACAAAGCAGACAAACUGAGGAUUCAAGAGUUUAGUGAAAUCAGUGAGUAACCAAACCAAAUAUUGAAUUCGAUAUGGGCAGCAUGAUUAAAUUAUAUAUAUAUACGUAGGGACGAAAGAAUUGCGGAGCGAGCCGUGCUUACAUAAUAUUUAACUAUUUUUUGUAAAUGUAUGUAUUUUGUAGCUGUCCAUCUCUCUAUAUCGUUUCGAUCCUAGUAUUCCAGUAAUGCCAAUGGAUGGAGAUUCUGAGUCUGCGUAGGCGUACACAUUUAUGCGGAUAUUCUUAAUGAAAUUUAAAUAACUUAAGUGGGAACAGAAAUGCCAGGAACGUUAACAUGAAAUAUCAAAAACAAAAUUAGCAAAUUGAACGGUCCGAAAACGCUAAAAACGAUGAACGAACGAAAAUUGUAACAAAUGAAAUUUAUAAUGUGUAAUAAAAUUAAUUAAAUGUUCAAGUUUGUCAGAAA